GAACAUGGAUAUCUGAUAAAGGGCAAUAAGGAGGACAUGACAGUUACUCAUUAACUCCGGCAGACUUUACACCUGCCCAUUUGUACUGCAAUAAGACGGCAAUUGCACUCUGGUUAACGCGUAUUUACAAAAGGUUGUAGUUUGGUACCGGACGUGUUAAAAUGAGCGACACAUCAGAAGAUGAUAAUGAGAUCUCCUUCACAGUCAAGUUCCUUGGCAGAGUUCAGGUGGUCCGCCAUGAUGGUCUAGAGAUCCUGGAUGAAGCAGUUGAGAGUCUAAAGACACCAGAUAAAUACUCGUCAGAAAAGGCAGCGAAGAAGAGCAAAGUCCAUCUCUUCCUGACGCUGAGUGGGGUGGACAUUUUGGAAAACAAAACCAAGUUUCUGUUGUACUCGUGUCCUCUGUCCACCAUCUCCUUCUGUGCCGUCUUGCCAUCCUCGCCCAAAGUCUUUGGCUUUGUGGCGCGACACCCCGCCGCAGACAUGUACCACUGUUACCUGUUCCAGAGCAGGAAGCUUUCUCACGUGCUCGUCUCGGUUAUCGGGGACGCCUUCCGAGCUUCGAAAAAGGAGCAGAGCGUGAGGGGAGGACGAGACCUGAUAGUGGAGGCACUCAGGCAUAAGAAUAAAAUUCUGCAGAGAGAGAACGAUGAGCUGAAGAGGAGGCUUGCAGGACAGAUGAACUGAUCGGUGAUUUAUCUAUUGUUGGAAUUGCACACAUAUACAGAAAACAAGCCCCUGAUGUUGCAUUUAUCACCCCUUUUCUGAAUUAUAAUGUGCUAUUUAAUGUUGAAUCCCCACAUCUCCACCAGCAGGAGGCAGCACUGAGCUACACUUCUGUCAAACAAGACCACAGUUAAUCCUGCAGCAGUGGAGGCAGUUUCAGAACCCUGGUUUAAUACUUUUAGUUACAGUUUUGAAGGUUUGUUAUACCCAAAUAAUACUUUGUGAUUCAUUAUGUAUACUUAUAAAGGUUGAUUCCACCCAAA